CGCUGCUGUCGCUGCCGAAGAGAUGGCUCAGCACACAGGGCUUCGGUACAGAGGACGAGGAGUUCCAGAACGUCCAGCUGCCCAAGCUGCCGGUACCAGACCUGCAGGAGACACUGGACACGUACCUGGAGCUGGCGGCGGUGGUGGUGAGCGGCCAGCAGCUGGAGACCAGCCGUGCUGUCGUGCGCGGCUUCAUGGAAGAGCUGGGGCCAAGGCUGCAGGAGGCGCUACUCGACCGGCAGCGGGAGAUGGAUAACUGGGUGACAGAAUGGUGGCUGGACGACAUGUACAUGAAGGUGCGCCUGCCUCUUCCCAUUAACUCGAGCCCGGGCAUGGUUUUCCCGCGGCGGCGCUUCGGAAGACUGGAUGAGGUGGCUGACCUGGCCGCCCUGUUCAUUGACGACCUGCUGGAUUACAAGGAGAUGCUGGAUCGAGGUGAACUGCCGCAAGAGCGCGCCACCAGCCGCGAGAAGGGCCAGCCGCUAUGCAUGGAGCAGUUCUAUCGGUUGCUAGGAGUCUGCAGGGUCGCGGAGGUGGGCCGCGACCGGCUUGAGCUGCCCGCCAGGGGAGAGGGAGAACAGGAGGAGCUGGUCAUCGUGGCCUGCAGGAACUAUGUGAGUUACGACCAUAUAUCAAAGAUGGUAAGGCUGCCUCCGCUGUGCAUGGAGCAGUUGUACCGGUUGCUGGGAGUGUGCAGGGUCGCGGAGGUCGGCUGUGACCGGCUUGAGCUGCCCGCCAGGGGCGAGGGGGAACAGGAGGAGCUGGUCAUCGUGGCCUGCAGGAACUAUUUGUACCGGUUGCUGGGAGUGUGCAGGGUCGCGGAGGUCGGCUGUGACCGGCUUGAGCUGCCCGCCAGGGGCGAGGGGGAACAGGAGGAGCUGGUCAUCGUGGCCUGCAGGAACUAUUUGUACCGGUUGCUGGGAGUGUGCAGGGUCGCGGAGGUCGGCUGUGACCGGCUUGAGCUGCCCGCCAGGGGCGAGGGGGAACAGGAGGAGCUGGUCAUCGUGGCCUGCAGGAACUACUUCUACCCGAUCCCGGUGAAAGCUGCGGACCGCGGGCGUCUGACCCCAGGCGAGAUGCAGGCUCAGCUACUGCAUGCCAUGGUGGACGCGGCCGGAGCACCCCUUGCUCCCCGUGUUGGCCUGCUGACGUCUAUGGACCGAGACAAGUGGGCUAAAGCCAGAGAGCACCUGAUUAGAGAUGAGAACAACCGCACCAACCUGGAGCUGAUCUCUCGAGCCCUGUGCAUCGUGUGCCUUGACGAGGGCGGCGGCGACCGGCCUGAUCUGGACGCGGACACCAACGCAAUGCUGCGCGCCAUGCACGGCGCAGGCACCAGGCACCACUCCGCUAACCGCUGGUUCGACAAGACCGUGCAGCUCAUCAUCUCCUCAGACGGUAUGGUGGGCAUGUGCUACGAGCAUAGCGCCGCUGAAGGCGUGGCGGUUGUCCGCCUGGCCGAGCGCGCCCUAGCUCGAGCCGAGGUGGCCGAUCGACCAGCCCCGCCCCCCGCCCUGCUGCCCGCACCGGUAGCUAUGCGCUGGAAUAUAACGCCAGAUGUGCAGAGGACCAUCGAGACAGCUGCCAGGGAUUUGGACCGAGCCAUAGGCGACCUGGACCACAAAGUUUACACCUACACAGGCUACGGGCGCGAGUUCAUGAAGUCUUGCCGCGCCAGCCCCGACGUCUACAUCCAGCUCGCGCUCCAGUAUGCUUAUUACAA